GCGCUUACAGGGCUCUGGGGAGUAGGGAGAGUGCAACCCCCCAGCCUCUGCCCGCCUGUCCCCCACUUCUCCCGCUGGGGUGAAAGAGGGGAUGAGACGAGCGCCGGGAAGCACCAGUUCAGGGGCCCAGGUCAGGUCCACUGUCCCUCACCUCGCUCGGACCUACACCUGUACCACAAGCUGCCCUUUAACCUCAGGGGAUUUUUAGGGGACCCCAGCUCAGCCCAAGCUCCAGCUUCAGGUGCUUGCUUGGGAAGACGCCGCCUCCCCCCACCCACCCACCUCUGCUUAGCUCCCAGCCCGCAACAGGGGGGAUCAGCAGGCCCGGCGCCAGCAGCGGGCAGGGAGGGCGCGGCGCUGGAGCCGCUCCGCAGGGUGGGGCACCCCCUCCCCACACAGCCCCGCUCCGGGGCGGCCAUCAGGCCAGGGGGAGGAGCUGCCCGUGCCACCCCCCGCCCUGGCUGCAGGGCUAUAAAGCCGCCUGGCCACCGCCCGCGGCUCCCCGCAGCCCCCAGCUUCUCCCGGAGAGCGGUGAACCGCUCAGCCUCAGCCGUCAUGAGCCACCACCCGUCGGGCCUCCGGGCCAGCAUCAGCUCCACUUCGUACCGCCGCGCCUUCGGGCCGCCGCCCUCUCUGUCCCCUGGGGCCUACUCCUACUCCAGCUCUCGCUUCUCCGGCAGCCGCCUGCUGGGUUCGGCGUCCCCGAGCUCCUCGGUGCGCCUGGGCAGCUUUCGGGGACCCCGGGCAGGCGCGGGCGCCCUCCUGCGCCUGCCCUCCGAGCGUCUCGACUUCUCCAUGGCUGAGGCGCUCAACCAGGAGUUCCUGGCCACGCGCAGCAACGAGAAGCAAGAGCUGCAGGAGCUCAACGACCGCUUCGCCAACUUCAUCGAGAAGGUGCGCUUCCUGGAGCAGCAGAACGCGGCCCUGCGCGGGGAGCUGAGCCAGGCCCGAGGCCAGGAGCCCGCGCGCGCCGACCAGCUGUGCCAGCAGGAGCUGCGGGAGCUGCGGCGGGAGCUGGAGCUGCUGGGCCGCGAGCGCGACCGGGUGCAGGUGGAGCGCGACGCGCUGGCGGAGGACCUGGCGGCGCUCAAGCAGAGGUUGGAGGAGGAAACGCGCAAGCGAGAGGACGCUGAGCACAACCUUGUGCUCUUCCGCAAGGACGUGGACGACGCCACCCUGUCCCGCCUGGAACUAGAGCGCAAGAUUGAGUCUCUGAUGGAUGAGAUCGAGUUCCUUAAGAAGCUGCACGAGGAGGAGCUGCGAGACCUGCAGGUGAGCGUGGAGAGCCAGCAGGUGCAGCAGGUGGAGAUGGAGGCGACGGUGAAGCCGGAGCUGACUGCGGCGCUGAGGGAUAUACGCGUGCAGUAUGAGACCAUCGCGGCGAAGAACCUGCAGGAGGCGGAGGAGUGGUACAAGUCCAAGUACGCGGACUUGUCCGACGCCGCCAACCGCAACCACGAGGCCCUGCGCCAGGCCAAGCAGGAGAUGAACGAAUCCCGACGCCAGAUCCAGAGCCUGACGUGCGAGGUGGACGGGCUGCGCGGCACGAACGAGGCGCUGCUCAGGCAGCUGCGGGAGUUGGAGGAGCAGUUCGCCCUGGAGGCGGGCGGGUACCAGGCGGGCGCUGCGCGGCUCGAGGAGGAGCUGCGGCAGCUCAAGGAGGAGAUGGCGCGACACCUGCGAGAGUACCAGGAGCUGCUCAACGUCAAGAUGGCCCUGGACAUCGAGAUCGCCACCUACCGGAAGCUGCUGGAGGGCGAGGAGAGCCGGAUCGCCGUGCCCAUCCACUCCUUUGCCUCCUUGAACAUUAAGACGACGGUGCCUGAAGCGGAGCCUCCCCAGGACAGCCACAGCCGCAAGAUGGUUCUGAUUAGAACCAUCGAGACCCGGGAUGGGGAGCAGGUGGUGACCGAGUCCCAGAAGGAGCAGCACAGUGAGCUGGACAAGUCUUCCACUCACACCUACUGAACCCUACCUCACCCCAGAUGCAGCUCCCAGCCCCUGCCCUGAGCCUGCUGUCAGCCCCCCCACACCCCGCCAGCCCUGAAUCAGUCUCUCAUCUGAAUGAGUCUCAUAGUGGCAUCCAUCACCCCGCCCCUCACCCUGUGGCCACACCUUGCCCUGACACAUAGCUGUGACCCAUGUAAGCGCACUCCCUAGGAAGAAGCUCAUGACCCCACCCCCCAAACCCCCAGGAACGAGCCUGCUCCAGCCACGACCCCACAUAAGGAGGAUGGGCCAGGAUCUGAAUUUCACUGCAGAGUCCAAUAAAACUGCGGUCGAGAGAAA